GCAAGAUAAGCUAAUAAGAUAACUACCAGUCGUGUGUAUGUUACUAUGCACGCCAUGAAGAAAUAAUUUACUUUCACUUUUAUUAGAAAAUAGAUCAUAUAUUACAAUGUUGCACGUAACUACCGAGAUUGGAAAACCUGGGAAAAUUGAGCGGGAGAGGAGACAUUUUCCGCAAUUGCAAAAUCAGCCUGGCACGACGAUAUACAAGCCCCAUGGCCGCAGGUACAUCCCCCACGGCUAUGGCAUGUAUGACGAAUGGAAGCCACACCCACAGAACAUCCAACCAAAAUACACGGAUUCAGGGCCUGAUUGGAAAUCGCGCAUCAAGUAUAUCGCUGACCCAGCCAACCCCAAAUAUCCGGCGGCAGAAAUAUUUGAGACCAACUGGAAGGCGAUGCGGCCAUAUCCUUUUAAAAGUUGAUUUCAGAUUUAGUCAACUGAGGAUUCCACAUCAUGUCAUGGCUUGUUAUCUGUAUGGGGCGAUAUUGCAAGACACGUACAUGAACUCAAGUAACGAGUGGCUUCUGGACCCGGGCCUUUCCAAUCGAGGGAUGAAGUGUCACUUCAACGGCCGCCACCUGGCAACACACACGUCGGCAGAUGAGAUCACACACAGCAUGUUGUUUGGACGUGGAAGAAAUUUGGAGACGAUAGACAAGCGUAAUGGUAUCGGGGAGAGUGCCCCUGGGGACAAGCCAUACAAGACCCCGGAGUAUUCCUCCCAAUUCCACAAGCUGGGAUCCACCCUGCCUGUCAUUGACUUUGGUGCUAACAGCCCCUGGCAUCAUCAGCCAGACACGUUUGUACCGCUGCAGCCCUCCCUAAACGAGCCCAGGGAGCCAUUCAGAGUAAAGGCACGGCUAGAGGAGAAACAGUCCGAGAUGAUGACCGUGGCGGCGCUAGAUGAAUGGCGCCCCGCCACACCACUAAAACCUGAGAAAAUUGAUGAAAAGAAGUAACACUCAACCCCCAGUGUGUGGCAUGGAGCAGUCGAGACUCAUUGGCUUCCAAACUUAUGUCCACUUAAGUUUACAGCCUGGGAAGGAUUGCUCGAAACUGUAACAGCCAUUUAAAGUAACAUUCUGUUAAUUUAAGACCCCCACCAAAAAAAAUGUAAAAGCCAUAUUGUUUUCAAACAUAUGCAAAUUAUUUGAUGGUUAACAAUAACUUGAUUAAUAAAUAAGUGGCUGUUGCUUAACUGGCUGUUAAAGUUUUGAGCAGCCUGGCCAAUAUAAAUUAAAUUCAAAUUAAAUAUAAAAAAGCAUCAUUAAACUUAGGGAAUGAAAACACUUGCAGUAUAAAAUAAGAACUUAUAUAUAUAUAUAUAUAUAUAUAUAUAUAUAGGCCCCAUAGUAGGACAUGUGAAGAUGUAUGAAGACAUUUGAGGGCUGGCAUAUGAGGGUGUGUGUUUAGCAACAGAUAACAGCCAUAAGUAUUCUUAAUGUUGUUAAUAAAGUAGACUUCACUGAUUUUGCUUUAUCCUUUGUUUCAAACAAACAUUCAACAAUGAUUGAGUCUCACUGUGAUAAGAACAAAUAUUUUGCUCAAGUUAAAAAGGUUACAUUUAUUUAGUUAUUCUUAACCACACCAAAAUUUAUUGUAUUAAAAUGUUGUGAUUUGUCUUACUAGUUUGUCAAUCACAUUUCAACUUAUAAAAUUCUCUUUCACUGCAAACUUGGGCUUGUUGGCAAUUAUUUAUUUCUAUUUGUUUUAUUAUUUUUCAAUGAGUUGAAUGUUUUGCAAGGAUAUCAUUAAUUGAUAAAAAUGCUGAAGGUUUAAAAUUGUUUGGGUUUUUUUUUCUGACAUAAAAUGAUAGGUUUUGGUAUUCAGCAAACAAUAUUCAUAUUUGUAAUGUAAACUGCCUUUUGUUUCUCUACCUUACUCAUUUUUUACACCUGCUGUGUGUCUUUAGUUUAUUUGUAAAUCAUGUUUAUAUUUUAGCCUUGAUAAUACUUUUUACUUCAGACCUGUUUAUUUAAUGUUGUAAAGAUGUUAUUUCAGUAUUACAUACAUAUGUGUGAUAGUAUGUUUUAUACAUUUUUAACCAGGUUUUCCGAAGGAAAAAACUGGUUAUUAGAUUGGCGAAUGCGGGCGGGCUGGCUGGCUGGCUGGCUGGCGGGCGGGCGGAACAAGCUUGUCCGGGCCAUAACUAUGUCGUUCAUUGUCAUAUUUUAAAAUCAUUUGGCACAUUUGUUCACCAUCAUUGGACGGUGUGUCGCGCGAAAUAAUUACAUCGAUAUCUCCAAGGUCAAGGUCACACUUUGAGUUCAAAGGUCAAAAUUGGCAAUAAAUGAGCUUGUCUGGGCCAUAACUAUGUCAUUCAUUGUGAGAUUUUACAAUUAUUUGGCACAUUUGUUCACCAUCAUGGGACGGUGUGUCGCACGAAAGAAUCACGUCAAUAUCUCCAAUAUCUCCAAUGUCAAGGUCACCACAACUUAAAAUAGAUUUAUUUUGAAACAAACUUACAAAAGGGGUUAAUUUUUUUUGUUCAUUUCAAAAGUUCAGUUUGAGUUGUCUCUCUUAAUCAGAUUUUUUUUUCACAAUGAAAACCUGUUAUCUUAUUAUUAUAUUUUAUCUGUGAUACAUCGCAUAUUGUUGAAAUGUUAUUUUUUUACACCAUGCUUUUCAUUAAAUAGCAUUUAUUGUUGGUGUGUGUUUUCUACUACUAAUCAUUUGUUAUUAUGCUAAAAAUAAUUAAUUCCUUACCUGUAAAAUGUUUUUAAAACUGUUUUUAAUCGUCCAUAUUGAGCCUGUCUUUCUUACAUUGAAAAAUUACAAAUGUAUCAGUAUUUUAAAAUUUCUACCAGGUAAUUUCAUUGUUGGUCCAUGAAUAAUGUGAUUUCGGUUUCCAAAAAGAAAUCAAUGAUGAUAUAUUGAGCAAAAUAAAUAGUUGUUAACAUGCAAUAAUAAGCAAAUUAUACAGAUGAAGAUAAAUUUGUGGAAACAUUCGCCCUUUUUGUGCCCCAUAUAUAAGUUGUAGUGUGAAUUGUACCGGUCUAUUUCAUUUUUGCUUAACAAAUAAUGUGUGUGCAAAUUUUGUUUCGUUUUCACUUUACAUAAAUAUGUUUAUCAAUUGUUACAAAUAAAUAAACAUGCUAUAAAUCUAA